AUGGUGGUGUUACUGGUUUUUGGACGUGUUGUGGGCAAGGUGCGUGUUAUUCAGUGUGCUGGUGUGGACAGCUUACCCAUUCUUCUUAAGUAUCUUCAGCCAGGAAAUCUCGUCAUCAGUGCCCUUGUAUCUCAGACCAUUUUUCCCACCAGUCCACAAGACUUCAAGUGCCAACCUCGUGGGAUACUAUCGGAAGAAUUUACGACAAUUCCUCAGAACUACCAACAUAUACUGGCUUUGGCAUUUGCUGUCAAGGAGAUCAACGAAAAUCCACAGAUCUUGCCAAAUCUCACCCUGGGGUUUUAUAUUUAUGAAAGCCAUAUGAAUCCAAGAUUGACAUAUCGUGCUGCUCUACAGCAUAUUUCCUCAAGGAACAGAUUUGUCCCCAACUAUAGGUGUGAUAUGCAGGACAAGGUAGAAGCAGUUCUUGAGGACAUUCAUACAGAAAAUUCAGAACUUGUCCAUGAACUUUUGAAUAUGUACAGGAUCCCGCAGAUCUUAUAUGGUCCUGCUCCAGUGAUGAUGGAUAACAGCCAACUCCCAUCCUUCUAUACGAUGGUCCCUAAUGAAACACAACAGUACCUGGGGAUUCUCCAGUUACUUCUGCAUUUCAACUGGAUAUGGAUUGGGUUUUUUACUAUGAAUGGUGAGAUUUUAGAAUGGUUCAGGCAGAGGAUGUUUCCUGUCUUUUCCCAGCAUGGCAUCUGUUUUACCUUCAUGUACUCAAAGCCAGACACAGAACAAAAUAGUUAUAUGACAGACUUUUUGAAAAGCUUUUCAGAACUGUAUGUAAAAAUGUUGAGGAGCACUGCUAAUGUCAUCAUCUUUGGAGGACAAGCUCGUAAUUUUAUAUUUUUCAGAUGUACUAUACUAUUCAUGCAAACUAAGUGCAUGCUGCCAAAACCAAAAGGAAAAGUAUGGAUUGCAACAGCUCAUGCAGAACUGAAAGCCGAUGGCAUGGGAAAAUGUGGGGACGUUCAAAUCUUCCAUGGCAUGAUAACUGUUGCAAUUUACUCCAAUGAACUUCAGGGAUUCCAAGAAUUUUUCAAGAGCAGAAAGCCAUCCAGUGCGGAGGGAGAUGUGUUUCUCAGGGACUUUUGGUCACACACAUUUCAUUGUGCAUUCCCAAAUUCAGUUCUGGGCUACGUGCAUCAGACUAAUUGCACUGGAGAUGAGACCCUGAAGGACCUUCCUGCAUCUGAAAUGAGCAUGACUGGCCACAGCUACAGCAUCUAUAAUGCGGUCUAUGCUGUUGCAUAUGCUUUGCAUGCUUUACAAUCUUCAAAAGUCAGACAUGGAGAGAGAAGGAAGCUUCAAAGUCAGCAACCCUGGCAGCUUCAUCACUUUCUUGGAUGCAUCUCAUUUAACAACAGUGCUGGAGACCAGAUUUCCUUUGACCACAACAGAGAAUUGAUAGCAGAAUUUGAUAUUAUCAGCUGGUUAACAUUUCCAAACCAAUCUGUUGUUAGAGUGAAAGUUGGCAAGAUCUCUCCCAAGGCACAUUCAGCACAAAAUCUUCAGAUAGAUGGAGAAGCCAUGGUUUGGCCCACCCGAUUUAAUCAGGUACAACCUCUGUCACUGUGCAGUAAGAAUUGCAAUCCUGGGUAUAGGAUGACAAAACGAGAAGGGGAGCCAUUCUGCUGUUAUGAUUGUAUCCAGUGUCCAGAAGGGACAAUCUCUGAUCAUCACGACAUGCCGGACUGUUUCUGGUGCUCAGUUGAUCAUUUUCCGAACAAGAACCAGAAUUAUUGCAUUCCCAAGAGGGUGAGCUUCUUGUCUUAUCAAGAACCUUUGGGAGCUGGUUUCCUUUUGGUCUCUCUGUCCCUUUUUUUGAUCACAGUCGUUUUACUUGGAAUAUUUAUAAAGCACCACAACACCCCCAUAGUGAAAGCAAACAACCGGAGCCUGACAUACACACUUCUCAACUCGCUUCUGCUCUGCUUCCUGUGUGCCUUGUUAUUCAUCGGCAAACCUGGAAAGAUAAUGUGUCUCCUUCGCCAAACUGCUUUUGGCAUCAUUUUCUCCACUGCAGUUGCUUCUGUGUUAGCAAAAACGAUCACAGUGAUUGUGGCUUUCAAGGCCACCAACCCUGGCAGCCAGAUGAGGAAAUGGGUGGGGAAAAGACUGUCCAUUUCCAUUGUCCUUUCCUGUUCCUUUAUUCAAGUAGGUAUUUGUACCAUUUGGCUUCUAAAAUCCCCCCCAUUCCCAGAUGUUGAUAUGCAUUCAAUGGUGGAAGAAGUUGUAUUGGAAUGUAAUGAUGCCUCUCCUACUAUGUUUCAUUGUGUCUUGGGCUAUAUGGGCUUCCUGGCCAGCGUGAGCUUCCAGGUGGCUUUCUUUGCUCGGAAACUACCCGACAGUUUCAAUGAAGCCAAGUUCAUCACAUUCAGCAUGCUGAUCUUUUGCACCGUUUGGUUAUCCUUUGUUCCAGCCUACCUGAGUAUCAAAGGGAAAUACAUGGUGGCUGUGGAGAUCUUCUCUAUCUUAGCCUCCAGUGCUGGCUUACUGGGCUGUAUCUUUUUCCCCAAAUGCUACAUUAUUUUACUUAGAACUGAGCUGAAUAACAAAGAACAUCUAAUAAGGAAAAAAUAG